AGGGGGACACCGAACUGAGCGACUGGAGCAGCACCUCCCAAUGUUAUGGGCUCAGAGUGGAGGAAAAAAAUAAGCUGAUUUAUGAAAAGAGUUGACACAUGAUGCAGAGCGGGAAAAUGUGAUAGCGUGAAAGUUCAGACAGAGGUGGAAACUUUCAGAGGAUUAGUGAAGCUGCAGAAGGAAGGGUGGCUGUAUCCCACAUAAAAGACAAACCGACGACCUCGCUGUAUCUCCUCAGUAACGGCCAGAGACUACUGGAGGUAAACAAUGGAUCUGACACCGACCUGUUAUGGGUUUCUCUUUCUCUUCGUCCUCACUGCUGUUGUUCGAGCAUGUCCACAGGGAUGCACAUGCGCAGAAACCAAAGUCAGCUGCAGAGGCCUCUCUGACUUCCCCACAGCUGUGCCCUCCUCUACAACCAAUCUGUAUUUCGAAUAUUGCAGUUUUUCCUCUCUGAAGCCAGAGGACCUCACAGAUUUCUCUAAUGCUCUUGGCAGCUUUCUGAUUGGUUACACUGGUUUGAGGGAAGUGCGCCCUGGCACAUUUGAUUCCACUCCAAACAUAGGUGCCUUAGCGAUAACUAGCACUGAGUUACAAGAUCUCCCUGAGGCCUUGUUCCAAAGUCUGCAAAGCCUGGAGUCUUUGAAUCUCAAGUCAAACCAGCUCCUUGUAGUCCGGCCUCAGUGGUUUUCCUCACUGACAGAGCUGAGACAACUUGAACUAAGCAAGAACCUUUUCACUUCUAUUCCUGAGGAAACUUUUCACUCUCUAACAAAGCUGCAGUACCUUUCAGUUUCCGGAAACAAUAUUAGCCAGAUAUCUGGAGAUACAUUCAAGAACCUUUCUGAGCUAAAACUCUUACGCCUUAGCAGCAACAGGUUACAGGAGCUCCCCAUUAACAGUUUGAAUGACCUUGUAAACCUGGAGGAACUGUCUCUGCAAGACAAUCAAAUCACUCACCUCCACCAAGACUUGUUCUCCAAGACUCCACAGCUCAAAAAGCUGUACCUUUCCAACAACAAACUGACAUCUCUUUCAGAAGGACUCUUGUUUAACUUGCCUCUUCUUUCCCAGAUCUCCUUAUAUGAAAACCAGCUGGAAAGUCUGAGUCCAGGGGUAUUCGGGGCCAUGGCCUUGCAGGAGCUGUGGUUGUAUGACAACAAGCUGAGCCGUGUGGAAGAUAACACAUUCAGGAACCUGACUCAAUUACGCCUCCUGGUGCUCAGUCGCAACCAAAUCAGCUAUGUAUCUCCCGGUGCCUUCAGAGGUUUGGAGCAGCUGGGGGAAGUAUCACUGCACACCAACCUGCUUACAACCCUGGAAGCCGGAACUUUUCAAGAACUGCCCAGUCUGGUCAACAUUUCUCUGGAGCACAAUUUUAUUAGCUCCCUCCCUUCUGGUUUCCUCCAUGGCCUGAACCAACUGGGACAAAUAGAUCUGCAGAACAAUUCCUUCCAAAAUUUCCCAGAAGAGAAUCUAGUUUCCCUCACGGCAGCAAAGGAGAUCCUUUUGCAGCAGAACCCCUGGAGGUGUGACAGGGACAUUCUGCCUCUGAGGAAGUGGAUAAGACUGCACCCCUCUAAAGUGAACCAAACCCUGGUUGUUUGUAAAACUCCUUACAAUCUGACUGGUGAGAUGAUUACUAUGCUGACGGAUGAGGCUUUGACACCUCUCAGCUCUACUGAGACACCAGUGUUGACCUCAACUGAAAAGAGGAGAAGACCGAAUACACCUCCACCUAAACGCAGCACUGUUUCUCCUGCCGUCAAGACCACACCCACUUCAGGUAGCGAAGAGGUCACCAGCAGUGGACAAGGGGAUGGUGGAACAAUUUCCAAUCACACUUCAACAAUUUUAAUUGCCAUUGCAGUAGUGGCCACUGUCAUCAUCAGCACUGUCAUCAUCACUUGCCUUUGUUGGAGGAAGAACAAAAGAGGCAAGGGAAAUAUAGGUCACAGGAAUAAAAACUCUGUGCUGUAAACCUCAAACUGCGCCCUCAAAGACUAAACAAGCCGGGAACUUUUAAAGCCAGAGGGAACUGCUCAAUGAUGACUGUGUUUUAUUUGAAUGAUAAAGAACACUUAGACGUUUGUAGAUCAUCAAAAGCUACAGAAAGGACUACUGCCGCUCCAUUUAGAAGAAUUCAGUGAACAAUUUUACUCUGAAUUCAUCAGCUUUCAGUUGCAACUCUAAGAUUUAUAUUAUCAGUCUGCAUUUCUCAUCAGUGAUGUCAUAAAAAGAGAGGAACCAUCUUACUCAAACUGCAAAAAAGGUUUCUUUAUCAGCUUGUGGACAGCCUAUUCUUUAAUGUAAAUUCAAAUGAAGUGAAGCAUAUUUUUUUCUUAGUGAAUGUAAGUCUGUUUCUUUUUUUUCUUUUUUUACUCUUUCGGAUAUUAACCUUGGCAUUUGGGUAUUGACUAUUGUGCUAACAUCAGUUCAUAUACAAAACAGGUGAACUUUUUUUUGGGGAAAAUGGUCUACAGUCGGAGAUGGAAAUCUUAAUCAACUAUAACACUGUAAGCUGAAUAAAGGCACAACUGUUCUUCAA